AUGGCUCUCUAUUACGGCAUCGUAUUUGGUAUCUUGACAUUUGAGAUUCUUCUCUUUUUCUUAUUCUUGUUGCCUAUCCCAACCCGCUGGCAAAAACCAGUGUUCCGUUGGUUAGCUACCUCACCUACUAUUGCACAUGCUCAAUAUAUCAUGAAGAUUGUCUUUGUAUUCAUCUUUGUACUCUUCCUUGAUUCCGUCAACACCCUCCGCGCUUUCUACGAAGUAGUGAACAGUGAAGACGAGAACGGUGGUAUUCCAGCUGCAGGUAACUCUGACUUUAGAGCUCAAGUGGGCCAAGCUGCAAAGAAGUUUUACGCUCAAAGAAAUUUGUAUCUCACUGGAUUCACCAUCUUGUUAUUACUCAUUUUGAACAAAAUCAAGACCAUGGCCAUGGAUUAUAUUAGACUAGAGGACCAAUUCAUUGAACUUGAAGGAUCUGUCUCCAAGGAUCCCGCUAUCAGAAAGGCAAGCAAGGAAAUCGACACCACUCCCAUCGAGGAUCAUGUUACCCGACUCGAACCUGUUGAACAAGAACAGGAAAACAAAAAGGAUAUCUAA